AUGGAAAUUGAAAAGAAAAAAGGGGGAAAAUUGGUAUUCUUCAUCCUAUAUUUUCACCUGUGCUAUGGACUUAUGGUGGGGGCGAUCCAUCCGGACUGCGAAAUCAAACGGCAGCACCAGAGGGCAUGGGAGAUCUGCAACGAGACGAGAAGGAGCGAGAUGCAGAACCGAAGCCAGCAAAGCGGAUGCAUAACAGACUGGGAUCAUAUAAACUGCUGGUUGAGAGCUGAGAUCGGACAGGUGGUCAACGUCUCCUGCUCUGAAGUCUUUCAACAUUUCACCAGCAACCAAGGUUGGGUUUACAGAAACUGCACAUCUAAGGGCUGGUCAGAGCUGUACCCCCCCUAUGAUGAAGUGUGUGAGUUCAGCGAGGACCCCGAGCCCGAGUAUGAGACGAGCUACCUCUCCACGUUCAGGCAGGUUUACACUGUGGGCUACGCCACCUCCCUCAUCUCCCUCGUCAUCGCCAUUGUGGUCUUCUCUGCCUUCAGGAAGUUCCGCUGCACGAGAAACUACAUCCACAUAAACCUGUUUUCCUCCUUCAUCCUGAGAGCCAGCGCCGUCUUCAUCAAAGACACUGUGCUUUUCGCUGACGAGACGCUGGACCACUGCUCCAUGUCCACGACGGCGUGUAAAUCGGCUGUGGCAUUCUUUCAGUUCAGUAUUUUGGCCAAUUACUUCUGGCUGUUGGUGGAGGGCAUGUACCUGCAGACUCUGCUGGCUCUGACCUUCGUCUCUCAGAGGAAGUAUUUCUGGUGGUACAUCCUGAUUGGCUGGGGUCUCCCAUCCACAGUGAUCAUUCUUUGGGUCUUAACGCGAUUCUUCUAUGAUGACAAUGGAUGUUGGGAUGAUACCGAAAAUGUCCCUAUUUGGUGGAUUAUUAAAGGUCCAAUUACGGCGUCUCUGCUGAUUAACAUAGUCAUCUUUGUGAAUGUGAUCCGGAUACUGGUCCAGAAGCUCAAGUCAUCAGCCAUGGCGGGGAACAAUGACACAGGACAUUUUAUGAGACUGGCCAAGUCCACUCUGUUCCUGAUCCCUCUGUUUGGGAUGCACUACACUGUGUUUGCGUUCCUGCCAGAGACCACCGGCGUGGCAGCGCGCCUCUACAUCGAGCUGGGCCUGGGGUCUUUUCAGGGCUUUGUAGUGGCUCUUCUCUACUGCUUCAUGAAUGGAGAGGUCCAAGCAGAGCUGCGGCGGUGGUUAUGGAAGUGUCAGAAUCAGAACCAGCUGACCCCGGCCAAACGCAGCAUCACCCAAAUCACAAUACGGACCAGAGGGGAGCUGGGCGGGCCUCCUUCUACAGGCAACGUCUCCUCUGUGUGA